AUUAACAUUUCAAGGGAGUAUCGUUAAAAUAUUUGUUUUAAAAUACUUGGCAGGUUGUUUUAAUUGGCGUAAAUAUAGUUUAAAGAAUUUCCGCUUGGAAUAUGGUUUGAAAGUAUGGCCAUUAAGGUUUAAUGUGACGUCAAGGUACUUAACAGAAAUGUAUUCAAGUAUAUCUUCUUUACCCAGCAAAAAAGAGCUGGUAAAGAAGGUUAUUAUAAGCAUCAAUGGUAUGAGUUGUUCAUCUUGUGUUGCAACAAUUGAAAAUCACAUGAAUAAAGUUGAUGGUAUUGAGCAAUGCCUUGUUGCUUUACUGACCCAGAAAGCUGAAAUUACUUAUUUAAUUGACAAAAUUAGUGUACAGGAGAUUAUUUCUAACAUUGAAAGCAUUGGAUUCAAAGCCAUGUUAUUAAAGGAUACAGAUGAUGUUCAUAAAGUGUUGGAGCUUCAUGUUGACGGAAUGACUUGUGCAAGUUGUGUUCAUACUAUUGAAUCACAAUUGGUUAAACACAAUGGAAUUGUGUCUGCAUCAGUAGCAUUAACAACAUCAAUGGCCCGUGUAACAUUUGAUUCUAGAAAUAUUGGUGCAAGAGACAUUAUUGAAAUAAUUAGUAACCUUGGUUUUGUUGCUACUAUACCUGCUAAUGAUCAUAGCAAAGCUGAAGCAUUAUCUCAUUCUAAAAGUAUCAAAAAAUGGAGGCUAUCUUUUCUUGUUUCGUUAAUAUUUGGAAUUCCUGUUCUUAUUGUGGUUAUUGCAUAUUCAUUUAUUGGAGAACAAAAUGGGCCUUAUGUUACUCGUGGCUUGUCACUACAAAAUUUGCUUCUUUUUUUGCUUUGUACUCCUGUUCAGGUAGUUGGUGGAAAGCACUUCUACAUUAUGGCAUAUAAGUCUUUAAAACAUGGUAAAACGAACAUGGACUUUCUUAUUGUCAUGGCUACUACUGUUGCUUAUUUAUAUUCUUUAGUUGUUUUAAUAAUGGCAAUUUUUCAAAGACCAUUAAGAAGUCCCAUGACUUUUUUUGAAACACCACCAAUGUUACUAGUUUUUAUAUCUUUGGGAAGAUGGUUAGAGCACAUUGCUAAAAGCAAAACAUCUGAAGCACUUUCAAAGCUUAUGUCAUUACAACCUUCAGAAGCAGUACUUGUUAAGUUAAAUCCAACUACGAAAGUAAUUGAAUGUUCUACUCCCAUCGAUAUUGACUUGGUUCAAAGAGGUGAUAUUCUGCAGGUUGUUCCAGGAAGCAAAAUACCAGUUGAUGGAUAUAUUAUUGAUGGAACAUCGAUGGCUGAUGAAUCUUUAAUUACUGGAGAAUCAAUGCCAGUUACAAAAAAGGUUGGCGAUCCCGUUGUUGGUGGAAGCAUAAAUCAAUCUGGAACACUUUUGAUAGAAGCCUCUCAUGUUGGCGAAGAUACUACUCUUGCACAAAUUAUCAAGCUUGUUGAAGAAGCACAAACAUCUAAAGCACCUAUUCAACAACUUGCAGAUAAAAUAUCUGGUGUAUUUAUUCCCAUAGUAAUUUCACUUUCCAUUUUAACAUUCGUUGUUUGGUUAGUUAUUGGAUUUGUUGAUUUCAGUCUACUUAAACACAAUUAUGAUAAAGAUCUUUACACUCAAACUGAAAUUGUAAUACAAUUUGCUUUUCGUACUGCUAUAUCUGUUUUGUGCAUAGCAUGCCCAUGUGCAUUAGGCCUAGCAACUCCAACUGCAGUAAUGGUAGGAACUGGUAUCGGAGCUCAAAAUGGAAUAUUGAUCAAAGGCGGGGAUCUCUUAGAAAAUGCCCACAAGGUAAAAACCAUUGUAUUUGAUAAAACAGGAACCCUGACUUAUGGUAAACCAACAGUGACAAAAACAUUUGUAUUUGUUUCACCAAAACAUUGCUCUUUGAAACUUUUUUUGGCAAUUAUUGGAACAGCAGAAUCCGGUAGUGAGCAUCCAAUAGGAAAAGCUAUAGCUAGUUUUGCUAAAGAGGUAUUGGGAAACAAUACUUUUGGAGCUUACAGUGAAUAUGAAUCAGUUUCAGGAUAUGGAUUGAAAUGCCAAGUUACAAAAAUUGAUCUAAAAGAUGCUCUUUUAUUGGAAGAGUAUGAAAUAAAUAAUUUUCAUAUUGAAACUUUUGAUGCUGACAUUGAGGGUUCUGCAAUGAAUUUUGAUGUUGCUAUUGGUAAUCGUAAUUGGAUAUUAAAAAAUAAUGUUACUCUUCCAUCGCAUAUUGACCGUAAGAUGAUGUCUUUUGAAGAAAAUGGAGAAACAGUGGUUUUAGUUGCUGUAAAUGGGAUUUUGUUAGGAAUGGUGGUUGUAGCAGAUAAAGUAAAACCAAGCGCACAAAUAGCAGUCCAAACACUCAUCAAUAUGGGAUUACAUGUUGUGCUCAUGACUGGAGAUAAUAAAAAAACAGCAAAUGCAAUUGCUAAUGAGAUUGGUAUAGAAGAUGUGAUGGCAGAAAUGUUGCCCUCGCAUAAAGUUGCAAUAGUAAAGGAGCUUCAAAGUAAAAAUGUCAAGGUAGCUAUGGUGGGGGAUGGAGUAAAUGACUCACCUGCACUUGCUCAAGCAGACGUUGGAAUAGCAAUAGGCAGUGGUACAGAUGUUGCUUUGGAAACAGCUGGAAUUGUUUUAAUUAAGAAUGAUUUAAUGGAUGUAGUGGCAGCAAUGGAGCUUUCAAAAGCUACCAUGCAGCGCAUUCACAUUAAUUUUGUAUACGCUUUUUUAUAUAACGUUAUUGGUGUGCCUAUUGCUGCUGGCGUUUUUGUUGGUUUUGGUAUUGUUUUGAAACCAUGGAUGGCUAGCAUUGCAAUGGCAUUAUCAUCCGUUUCCGUUGUAAUGUCUUCACUUUGGUUGAAAAGAUGGAGAAAAAAGAGACAUGCUUUGAAACGUUACAAGACAGCUGCAAAAGAAGACAAAGAAAAUUUAAUAGAAAACAUGGAGCUACCAAUAACAUAUUAUGAGACAGGAUUUCACAAAGCGUCAUGCAAUUCCUACAAUACGUUUAUAUGAAUUAUUUUACAAAAAACUCUUGUAUAUAGAUUUUUUUAUUUACAAAGUGUAAUAUAUAUGUGUGUAUGUGUAUAUGCAUAUAUAUAUAUAUAU